ACCAGUAAACCAAAAGCCACGUAAUCAUCUUCUUCUCCAUCUUCUCCUCUCUCCACUAUCGCGGCAGAAGAUAAAGCGGCAGUCCUCCACAGCUCCACCAUCUUCUUCCACCUCUCCUCCGUCGCCGUCUCAAUCUUCCUCGCCAGUCGAAGAAGCUCGAAGAGCUGCUCUCGGGCUCAAGAGCAUGUGCGUCGGCCGCCGCUGUUAGCUCCAGCUCGCGGGGAAUUCAGCAACGAGGAGGUGAACCAAGCGUCUCAAAUGCUGAGCUUGCAUUCGCCCCAGUACCGGUUCUCUCUUCCCGUCGCGUUCUCCGGCUCUGGCCAUGCGCAACCUCUCUCCUCGCCGGGUUCGAGCCUGCGGGUCGGAUGCGAUCCGGUGCUGAAUCGCCGGUGCAGAAGCCAUGGCUUGCGAAGGAAGGCUGCGAGAGUGAGAAGCGUGGGGAAGGAGGAGGCCGAGCUGCGCACUUCCUCUGUCCCGGAAGAGGAGGAGGAGGAGGAGAAGCGGGAUGGGUCUGGGGAUGUCAAUCCUCAGGACCUCGAGUACGUGCGGCAGAUUCAGAGAGUGUUGGAGCUUCUGAAGAAAAAUAGAGACAUGAUCUUCAGUGAGGUCAAGCUGACGAUUAUGAUCGAGGAUCCGAGGGAAGUUGAGCGAAGGAGACUCCUUGGGAUCGAAGACCCUGACGCCCCUACUAGAGAUGAUUUAGUCGAAGCUCUAGAGCAAGUCAAUGAAGGAAAGGUCCCAGAAAAUCGUCCUGCUCUUAAAAUGCUUGCAAAGGAGAUGCUUGAGUGGCCUAACUUGGAGGAGGCGGCCCCCAAAAAGAAGCCAGGCAAAUCACUAUAUGCAAAGGCCACGGACACUGGUAUCAAUCCUGAAGUGGCUGCUAAGAGACUGAAUGUCGACUGGGAUUCAGCUGCUGAAAUUGAUGAGGCUAAUAACAGUGAUGAGACAGAAGUGCCUCCAGCUGUGUCAAUGAGUGGGAUCCGCACUAUCAUAGACGAGCAAAUACAUGCGCAGAAAUCGAACAGCCUCACGUUCCUGCUUCUUGCAAAUCAAUGGUCCUUGAAGAUAAUGUCAGACAUGGCUAGCCCCGCGAGUUCAAGACCCUCGAAUAUAUAUGCCAAGAGCACAACACGAAGAAAGAGUGUUUGGUCUCUCCUGUGAGUUUCUAGGGUGUGGGAUUUGGCUCAUGACAUCAUAAGCAAAAGGACAUUUCAUUCCAGAGAUAAAUAGGACUAUACAACACUGAUCUAUUUCUCUAGAUCGAAUUGUGUACAACCGGGUUAGCAAUGCAUAAUAUCAAAACUGCAAAUUC